AAGCAUACUUUAUAGAAAACCUGUGAAGCAACCACCCAAUUUGUUUUCUUUUCUAAGUCCAUUAAGUUUGGAUGUAUGGAUCUAUAUGGCGACAGCUUAUUUAGGAGUUUCAGUGCUUCUAUUCAUUUUGGCAAGAUUUAGUCCAUAUGAAUGGGAAAAUUCUCAUACUUCCAAUAAUCAGACAAUAUUAUUGGAAAAUGAAUAUACGCUUUUAAAUUCAUUAUGGUUUACAAUUGGCUCCCUAAUGCAACAAGGGUCAGAUAUUGCACCUAGAGCAAUCUCUACACGUAUGGUUGCUGGUAUGUGGUGGUUUUUUACGUUAAUUAUGAUUUCAUCGUAUACUGCAAAUUUAGCAGCUUUUUUAACAGUGGAACGGAUGGAUUCACCAAUUGAAAGCGCAGAAGAUUUAGCAAAGCAAACUAAAAUUAAAUAUGGUGCUUUAAAAGGUGGAAGCACUGCAGCAUUUUUCAGAAGGACCUCUCAUAUCGCUAAGUCCCAGAGAAGGGAGAGACGACCAAUAGUAGACGAUCCCCACCUUCAGACACUUCCCGAUUUAGCAUGUUCAAGACUAAACCCGGAAGGAUGUGGAAAUGAAAGCGUGCAUGAUCAAUCAUGCUACCUAAAGUCGCGCUCUGAUUGGACACAAGAAAGAAGAAGGGGGCCCUUGUGGAACUGGAAGGAGGAACAGAGAAAAGUCGAUCAGCUGAGUCUUGUAAAAUAG